UUUAUUCUCAUUUGUAUUAUUUGUUUAAAACAACACAUGUUUAUUUUAUAAAUCUGCUGUUUGAUUUCAUAAUUUUCCAAUAAUCUUGCAUUUUUGAAUCUCUGAGAUGCAUCCUCAGCAUGCCUAUUACAGAAGGAUACACGAGAUGAACGAUGACAUCGGAGCAUCUGCGUGCAGUUUUGCAGGACGGGACAACACCGACGAGGCGUUGAGGAAUUUCGUCACGAGCCAAGUCACAGAUACGAACUACGUAUGCGGUAAACUCAAGUUGCUUUUCUUCCCGUUUCACCAUUACGAUUGGACGAGGCGAUACAUCGACUACGUUCCCGCUAAACCUAAAAAUGACAUUAACUCUCCAGAUUUGUACAUCCCGGUGAUGGCUUUCGCAACAUACCUCCUCACAAUCGGUAUCGCCCUUGGUAUCAACGGAAGAUUCUGCGUGGAAACUCUCGUCGUCGCGGCUACGCAGUCGGUCCUCUGCUUGGUAUUAGAAGUAGGCUUGCAGUUAUUAAUGAUAUACCUCACGUCCGUGCAAAUAUGCUUUUCGACAGUUGAGUUCGUCGCUUACGAUGGUUACAAAUUCGUUGGGGCCACAGUUUCAACCCUCGCCCAAUUAACUUUGUCCUUCGGUGAAUUCGUAGCCGUACUGGUUUAUUUCAGCUCUGCCCUGUCGUUUUUUAUGGUAAGGACGCUGCGGCUUCAACUGCUUUCUCAGUAUGGAACUUUUCCCGGCUUACCCAACGAUCCGAGAAGUUACAACUCCGGCUUCCCCCAAAUGAAUUCGCACAUCUACCAGGAUUCGAAUAUCUUGAUUAAUAAAAGACAGAUGUAUUUCUUGGCGUGCGUCGCAAUCUCGCAGCCAUUUUUCAUGGCUUGGUUAUCCUAUACAUUACAUAUACCAGGUUGACUUUGUUGCUGAAUUCCCUUUGGGAAUAAAUCAUAUCAAUGCUCUGUUAUCUUUAUUUUAACAAAAAAUUAUUUUAGUAGUGUA